AUGGCUGGCACCAUCCAGGACAUGGAGCCUCAUCCACAGAAGCUGCCUGGGGCUGCAGGUCUGGUGUCCAGUCAGCCCCAUAAUCCCCAGAAGAUCCUUGGCUACAGGAUACCUGCAGCCAGAGGCCCAGCCCCUGAGCUCGAUCCCAGUCCAGGUCCUGUCAUGGCUUCUGAGUACGAGAUGGGCCACAUCCGCCAGCUGCAGGCUCGGCACAUGCAUAUGCAGGAGAAGACUUUCACCAACUGGGUCAAUAACAUCUUUCGGGUCAGCCGGGUGGGUAUCAAGAUCCAAAACCUGUACACAGAGCUGGCCGAUGGCACUCACCUACUACGGCUGCUGGAGCUCAUCUCUGGAGAGGCCCUGCCAGCGCCUAGCCGGGGCCGCCUGCGUGUGCAUUUUCUGGAGAACAACAGCAGAGCUCUGGCCUUCCUCAGGGCCAAGGUACCGAUACCCCUCAUUGGGCCAGAGAACAUCGUGGACGGAGACCAGACACUCAUCCUAGGACUCCUCUGGGUGAUCAUUCUGCGUUUUCAGAUUUCCCACAUCUCCUUGGACAGGGAGGAGUUUGGAGCCAGCGCAGCCCUGUUGUCAGCCAAGGAAGCUCUGCUGGUCUGGUGCCAGAGGAAGACAGCCGGCUACACAAACGUGGGCAUCACUGACUUCUCUCGCAGCUGGAGCGACGGGCUGGGUUUUAAUGCCCUUAUCCACGCCCACAGGCCGGAUCUGCUAGACUAUGGCUCUCUGCGUCCAGACUGCCCACUGCACAACCUGACCUAUGCCUUCCACGUGGCUGAGCAAGAGCUUGGCAUUGUUCAGCUGCUGGACCCUGAGGAUGUGGCCAGCCUACAACCAGAUGAGCGCUCCAUCAUGACCUAUGUCUCCCUCUACUACCACUAUUUCUCCCGCCUACACCAGGGGCAGACUGUCCAAAAGAGACUCGCUAAGAUCCUGCUUCAGCUCCAGGAGACUGAGGUGCUACAGACCCAGUACCAGCAGCUGGUGGCUGACCUGCUCCACUGGAUCACAGAGAAGCAGGCACAACUGGAGAUGCGGAACUUUCCAGACUCACUGCCUGCCAUGCGCCAGCUACUGGUGGACUUUGCCUCCUUUCGUGCUCAGGAGAAACCACCUCGGCUGCAGCAGCGAGGGGCCACAGAGGCCCUGCUCUUCAAGCUGCAGACAGCACUCCGAGCCCAGAACCGCAGGCUCUUCCUGCCGCAGGAGGGCCUCAGCCCUGAAGAGCUGUCCCAGCGCUGGGCAGGGCUAGAGCGAGCAGAGGCUGCCCGGAGCCAGGCCCUGCAGCAGAGGCUACUACAACUGGAGCGUCUGGAAACACUGGCCCGUCGCUUCCAGCGCAAGGCAGCCCUCCGGGAGAGCUUUCUAAAGGAUGCGGAGCAGGUGCUGGACCACGCCAGAGCCCUGCCAGCCAGCCCAGCCACAGUGGAGGCAGCCACCCAGAGGUUGGGCAUGCUGGAGGCUGGCAUCCUGCCCCAGGAGGGGCGCUUCCAGGCCCUGGCUGAGAUCGCAGACAUCCUCCAGCAGGAACACUACCAUGACUGGGCAGAUGUGGCCCACAGGCAUGAGAAGAUCACACAGCGCUGGAAAAGACUCCUUCAGCAUCUACAGGAGCACAGGAAGCAGAUGACAGGUGUGCAGGCUGUGCUAAGCCUUCUGCAAGAGGUGGAGGCUGCCUCUGACCAGCUCCGGGAGCUACAGGUGCCAGCCAGCUCCAUGACCUGUACACAGCAUCUGGCAGAAGUAGUGGAGCUGCUUCAGAGACAUGACCUGCUAGAGGCCCAGGUCUCCACCCACGAGGCCCAUGUGAGUCGUCUUGCCCAUCAGACUGCAGAGCUGGACUCCUCCCUGUUCACCAGUGUAGACAUGCUGCAGGUCAAAGCCAAGGCUGAAUCAUUGGCCCAGCUCUACCAAAACCUGAUGUCUCUUGUCAGGGACAGGCGGACUAUGCUGGAGCAGACCCAACAAUGGGCAGAAUUCCUGAACAACUGUGAGGAGGAGGAGGCCUGCUUGAGAGAACUCAGACAGCAGGUGGAGAAUUUGUCCCUGGGCGGGGACCUCAGUCAGAUCUCAGUCACCCUGCAGAAACACAAGGCCCUGGAAGCCAAGCUCCACCGCCACCAGGCUGUGUGCGUGGACCUCGUGAAGAGGGGGUGCGACUUCAGCGCCCGCGGAUCCUCGACGCAGCCGGAUCCCAGGGAGCGGGCCGAGGCCGUGAAGAGAGAGUGGCAGCUGAUCUGGACUAGGAUGGAGAAGAGGGGCUUGAGGCUGCACACAUCCCUGCUUUUACGGCAGUAUUUCGCCGACGCUGCGGAAGCGGCUGCGUGGCUGCGCGAACGGCGGCAGGAACUGGAGACUGCGUUUUGUGGGGAGGACCAGGCGGCAGCCGAGGCCAUGCUGCUGCGCCACCAACGGCUGGAGCGCGCCGUGCGCUCCUUCGCAGCCGAGUUGUCCCGGCUGGACGAGCAAGCGCGGGCCGCCGCAGCUCGGGCGUCACUCAGGGAGGAACCCUCAGAAUGCUGGAGCAGGACUGAUGAAGAGACAAUUGGGAGACCCCAGAAUGGGUCCCAAAUCUUAGCAACACCAGCCAGCCAGCACCCAUGCCCCCAGGGCCAGAUGCACUUUGCCUCCAAAGGGCCAAGGCUUACCUGGCUCUCAGAAGUGGCCCUGGACACCCCUGAGCUGAAGGACUGGGGAGAAUGCCAAGCCAAGGUGCCCAUCAGCCAUGGCAUGGAGCAGGAUCCCCAGGUGGUGUCUUCCCUGAGCCCUCCAGGGAAAGGUCCAAGCAUGGCUCUCUCUGCUGAGUCUGACCUUGAUUUUGACCCCAACACCAUUCUCCAGACACAGGACCACUUGAGCCGGGACUAUGAGAGCCUGCGGGCUCUGGCAGAGCUCCGCAGGGCCCGGUUGGAGGAGGCAGUGGCUCUCUUUGGCUUCUACCACUCCUGUGGGGAGCUCCAGUCCUGGCUAGAGGAGCAGACUGUGCUGUUCCAAAUGCUGCAGCCGCAGGCCAACGACUUGGAAAUCAUGCAGUCCAAAUAUAAGAACUUCCUCUUUGCCCUGGCUGUGAGAAAGGGCCACUGGGCUGAGAUCAACAGCUCUGCUGAGCAACUGAAACAGAGAUGUCCUGGGGACUCCACAAAAAUCCAGCGUCAACAAGAGGACCUGCACCAGAGGUGGGGCCAGCUAGAGGCCCUGAAGAAGGAGAAGGGCCUGCAGCUGGCACACAGCAUGGAAGUGUGUAGUUUUCUGCAGGAAUAUGGACACACACAGGCCCAGCUGCAGGACGUUCUACUCCAACUGGAGGCCCUGGAGCCAGAGAGCUCUGAGGCCAGUCACUGUGCCCUGCAGCUGAGCCAGCAGAAGGUCCUGGUGCUGGAGAAGAGGAUCCACUACCUCCAGAGAGUAGCUGUAAAGGUGGAGGAGUUAGGCCCUGCAGAGAGCCAACCCCUGCAGGAACAGAUGGAGAUGCUGCAGGGCCUGCUGAAGAAAGCACAGGGGCAGGUGACCCAACAGAACCGGGUGUGGGCUGAGGCUCGAGCCUGGCAGAGCUUCCUGAAGGAGAGCCAGCAAUUGCUGCUGUGGGCAGAGGGUAUCCAGGCUCGACUGUGCCACGAGGAGGAGUUGGUGGAUGUGGCCUCAGGCCAGCGGCUGCUGAAGAAACAUGGAGAGCUGCAGGAGGAGAUCCACCUGCAGCAAGAAAGGUUACAGCAGCUGGAAGCUCAGGGCAUGACCAUGGCAGCCUUGGACUCCCCACAUUCCCAAGAGGUGGCCAGUGCUCUGCGGCUUCUGGGCCACUGUGGCCAGGAGCUGAAGGCUGCAUGGGAACAGAGACAGCAGAGGCUAUGGGAGGGAUUGCAAUUGCAUACGUUUAGCCAAGAAGUGGAUGGUUUCAUUGCCACCUGUGCCAACCACAAGGCCUUCCUGUGCCUGGACAACCUGGGGGAAGAUGUGAGGGAGGCCCAGAGCCUGCUACAGCAACACCAGGCCUUUGGGUGGCUCCUGGGAGCCCUGCACCUUAGAGCAGAGGCUCUGCAGGCCCAUGGCAAGAAGCUAGUUCAGAACAAACAUCCUGCUGUGCCCAGGGUCAGAGAGAAGCUGCAGAGUGUCCAAGUACAGUGGACCAGAGUCCAGGAGAGGAGUGAGCAGAGGAGAGGGCAGCUGCUGGCUUCCCUCCAGCUUCAGGAAUGGAAGCAGGACGUGGUGGAGCUGAUGCUGUGGAUGGAGGAGAAGUGGUCAGUGGCAGCACAUGAGCCCUCCCGAGCACCCAGCAGCAUUCUGCGGAAACUCAGGCAGCAUGAAGCAGUUGAGAGGGAGCUGAUAGCCACCCGUGGGCAUAUGGAGGACCUGCAACAGGCUGGGAGAGAGCUAUUGUGCAGCAGUCCGCAUGCCCAGGAAGACAUACAGUCCAGGCUUCAGGGCCUGGGGCACAAGUGGGAGGAGUUGAAUGGCAAGAUGGCAGAGCGUGGGGAUGCGCUUCAGCAGGCUAGACAGCAGGAACAGCUCCUGGGACUGCUGCAGGAUGCCAAGGAGAAGAUGGAGCAGCUAGAGGGAGCUCUGAAGAGUGCAGAAAUGGGGUCCAACCUGUGUUCAAUCCGAAGGCUGCAGAAACAGCACUGCCAAUUGGAGGAUGAAAGGCAGGCACUGGGCAGCAAGAUGGCUACCCUCAUCUCCCAGGCCCAUAGUAUGGUCACUUCCCAGACCAUCCUAGAGGAGAUCCAGAAGUGCCAACAGAGGUUCAAGUCCCUGCAGAGCCAUCUGGCCACCCAGUGUCUACAGUUGCAAGCCUCAGUUGAGCUGUAUGAAUUUGACCACCUGAGCAACCUGGAGUUCACAUGGGUGGCUGAGCACAUGCCCAGGACCAGCCCUACCAGCUAUACCCAGUGCUGGGAUAGUGCCCAGAGCCUUCAACAUAAGCACAAGGAACUCCAAGCAGAGUUGAGAGCCCACCAAGGGCAGGUGCAACGGGUGCUAUGUUCCGGCCAGAACCUUGCAGCUUCUGGGCACCCCCAUGCUCAGCACAUCAGGGAGCAGUGCAAGGAGCUGGAAGGCCGUUGGGCAGAGCUGGAGCAGGCAUGUGAGGUGCAGUCACGCUGCCUGCAAAAGGCCAUCGUUUUCCAACAGUACUUUCUUCAUGCAUCAGAGCUGGAAGGCUGGGUAGAGGAGAAGCGGCCACUGGCAAGCAGUCAGGACUAUGGCAGGGACGAGGCAGCUACCUUGGAACUCAUCAGGAAGCACCAGGUGCUGCAGGAGGAACUAGCUCUUCAUUGGAGCUCCAUGGAGAAACUUGACCAGAAAGCUCAAACCCUCUCUGGUCCAGAGGCCCCUGAGCAGCUGGGUGUGAUGCAGGAGAGGCUCCGGAAACAGUUGUGGGUGCUACAGGAGCUGGUAGCCUCACGGGGUCGAGAGCUGGAGUGGACCCUGAAGCUGCAUGAGUUCAUGAGGGAGGCUGAGGAUCUGAAGAGUUGGCUGGCCAGCCAGAAGCAGGUGGCCAGAAGGGAGGAGAGCCUUGGAGAGGACUAUGAGCACGUGCUGCACCUCUGUACCAAGUUUGCAAAGUUUCAGCACCAGAUGGAGAUGGGUGGCCAGCGGGUGGCAGCCUGUCAGCAGCUGGCAAAGAGCCUGCUGGAACAUGGCCAUAACACUGCCCACAAGGUCCAUCGGAAGCAGCAGGAACUGCAGGCUGCCUGGUCAGAGCUAUGGGAGCUGACCCAGGCUCGAGGCCAACUGCUCCAAGAUGCCAAGACCACCCUCAGAGUUCAUGGAGAUCUGCUGGAGGCCCUUACCCAGGUCCAGGAGAAAGCCAUGAGCCUCCCCAGUGAUGUGGCCCAGGACCUACAUGGGGUGGAAGCCCAACUGAGGAGACAGGAGGGUCUCGAGCAUGAGCUUGCGCUCUGUGAGCAGCAGCUGCAGAAACUGCUGGAGGCUGGAGGGAGGGUGCAGAAGCUGUGUCCAGGGCCUCAGGCCCGUGCCAUGCAGCAGAGGCAGCAAGCUGUGACACAGGCCUGGAAGAACCUGUGGUUGCAAGUGGAGCAGCGCAGGGCCCACCUGGAGCGGGCAUGCCUCCUGGCCCGUUUCCACACAGCAGUGUGGGACUACACUUCCUGGGCAGCCAGAAUGAAGCAGGAACUGCAGGCGGAAGAGAGCUCCCAGAGGCCCAGCAGCAGCCUGCUCAAUCUCAAGACUCACCAAUGGCUUCAGGCAGAGCUGGAGUCCCGAGAGGAGCUACGACUGCAGGCCUCCCAGUUGGGCCAGCAGGCACUUCUGGCUAUAGGGACACCCACCAAGGAGGUCCAGGAUGGGUUACGAGCCCUGCAGGAAGAGCGAGACCAAGUGUUUCAGGCCUGGUCACAGAAACAAGAGAGGCUACAGGCUGUGGAGCAGGAAGAGCUCCUCCUCAGACGGUGCCAGCACCUGGAGAAGAUCCUCAUGGCCCAGGAGAUAUCCCUGAAAAACGGUGCCCUGGGCAGCUCGGUGGAAGAGGUAGAACAGUUGAUCCAUAAGCAUGUAAUCUUCCAGAAGGUGCUGACUGCCCAGGACAAGAAGGAGGCACUUCUGUGUGAGCAGCUGAAGGUGAUCCCAGGCACCAAGAGACAGGACUUGCUUCACAGCAUACUGGAGCACGGGGCUCUAGUGAAGGAGCUGGCAGAGAGCCGAGGACACGCCCUGCAGACCUCCCUGCUGAUAGCCAGCUUCACCAGGGCUGCAGGCCAGGCUGAGGACUGGAUUCAGGAGCGGGCACAGCAGCUGAGAGAGCUGAUCCCUCCUAGGGACCUGAAAGAUUAUUUGAAGCACCUCCAGAUACACAAGGCCUUUGAGUCUGAGGUCCAGGCCCACCAGCAGGUCAUGACUUCAGUUGCCAAGCAGGGGGAAGCUCUCCUGGCACAGAGCCACCUUCGGGCAGGAGAGGUUGCUCAGAGGCUACAGGUGCUGCAGAAGCACUGGGAGAAGCUGAGGCAGGUGGUGGCUCUCCGGGGCCGGGACCUGGAAGACAAGCGGAACUUCCUGGAGUUCCUGCAGAGAGUGGACCUUGCAGAGGCCUGGAUCCAGAAAAAGGAGGUGAUGGUGAACACGGGUGACCUGGGCCAGGACCUGGAGCACUGCCUGCGGCUCUGCAGAAGGCUCCGUGAUGUCCGAAGUGCCACGGCCAGGGACACAGUGGGUGACACCUACAUCAGGAGCAUCAGUGACUUAUCACUGCAGCUCAAGAACCAGGACCCUGAGGAGGUCAAGACCAUCUGCCAGCGGCGAAGUCAGCUCAACAACAGGUGGGCGAGUUUCCAAGGCAACCUGCUCCAGUAUCAGCAGCAGCUUGAAGGGGCCCUGGAGAUACAUACAUUGUGCAGAGAGCUGGAUGACAUCACUGAGAGGAUUGGGGAGAAGGGAUCCCUGAUCCAGACCCUAGAGGGUCAGAAAGAUCUGGAGAGCAUUCAGACGCUGAUGUGGAAACACAAGGUGCUGGAGCAGGAAAUGGGCCUCAUCCAGGUUCAGGUGGAGUCCCUUGAGCACAAAGUGGGCCACCUCUGCCAGAGAAGACCUGGGGCAGCCCAUGGCCUCAGUCACAAGAAGCAAGAGAUGAUGGGCAGCUGGUGGCAACUCCAGAGCAGAGCCCAGAAGUGGAAGGAGUUGCUGGAUGCCCUGCACCAAGCACAGAAGCUCCAGGCACUGCUGCAGGAAUUGCUGGUCUGGGCCCAGAGGCUGCGGGCUGAGAUGGACCUGCGAGGUGCCCCUUGCAGCCCUGCAGGAGCCAGACACAUGCUAGAUGAGCACCAGGCACGCAAGGCUGAGAUAGAUGCCCGGAGAGACAGCAUCAGUCUGGUUCAAAGCACUGGGCAGCGCCUCCUUGCAACUGGGCACCCAUCAGCUCCUGGCAUUCGGCAGGCCCUGGCUGCUUUAGAACAGGAGCUGAGUGGCCUGCAAGGAGCUUGGCAGGAGCACCAGCGGCAGCUGCAGCAGGCCCUGGAGCUGCAGCUAUUUCUGAGCUCUGUGGAGAAGGUGGAAUGUUGGCUAUACUGCCAGGAAGUUUCCCCAAUCAGUGAGGGUGUUGGGGACUCUUUGGCCAAUGUGGAGACCCUCCUAUGGAAGCACAAGAGGCUUGAGCAGGGCCUGAAGGUACAGAUGGAAAAGAUCAGCACACUGGAGGCCACAGCCCACAGCCUACAGCAGGCUGGACAGCCAGAGGCCCAGAGUGCCCUGACCAAGUGGCAGGCCAUGCUCCUGAGGAAAGAAGCACUGGUGGAGCGAGUAAGGACCCGGGGUCGUCAGCUGGAGGAGUUGCAGCAGCUGCAAACCUUUCUGCAGGAUUCGCUCGAGCUGGCCACGUGGCUGAGGGAGAAGAACCUGGUGGCUUUGGAAGAAGGUUGGCAGGACCCAGCCAAGCUGCAAGCACAGUUAUGGAAGCAGCAGCAUUUCCAGGCUGAGCUGGAUGCGAGUGUUCCCCAGCAACAGGAGCUGCAGAAGGAGGGGCAGAGACUGCUUCAUGGGGGCCACCCAGCCUCAGAGACCAUUCAAGAGCAGCUGCAGGAACUGGAAGAGCUCUGGGCUGAGCUGCAGGCCAACUGCCAGAGGAAAGUCACCAAGCUGCAGAAGGCCUGUGAGGUCCUACAUCUACAGCAGAGUGUAGAGGAGCUGGAGAGCGGGCUGGAGCCCAUUGAGGGCCAGCUGAAAGCCCCUUUCACAGGCCAGAACCUACCUGGGGUAGGCAAGCUCCUGGGGGCACAGGGGGAACUGGAAGUAGCCCUGGACAUGCAGACCAGGCAGGCAGAGGUCCUACUGGGUCAGGCCCAGACCUUCAAGCGGGAUGGCUACUGCCUCACCAAAGAUGUGGAAGAGCAGGCCCAACAGCUGCUUCAGAGGUUGCAGAGUCUUCAAGAGCCCCUGCAGGAGCGCAGGGCAGCCCUGGAGGCCCAGAGCCUCCUCUUGAAGUUCUUCAGAGAUGUUGAUGAGGAGAUGGCCUGGGUGCAGGAAAAGCUGCCCUUGGCCACUGCCCAGGAUUAUGGCCAGAGCCUGAGUGCUGUGCGGCACCUGCAGGAGAAGCACCAGAACUUGGAGAAUGAAAUGAGCAGCCACAAGGCUCUGACCCAGGUGGUGGUAGGCACAGGGCGUAAGCUGGUGCAGGCUGGGCACUUUGCUGCCCAUGAGGUGGCCGCCCGGGUGCAGCAGCUGGAGGCAGCCUUGGACCAACUACAAGCAGAGAUGGCUCGGAGGAGACUGCUGUUGCAGCAGGCCCAGGAGGCCCAGCAGCUUCUGAUGGAGCUCCUGGAAGCAGGAUCCUGGCUGGCUGAACGGGGCCAUGUCCUUGACAGUGAGGACAUGGGCCAGAGUGCUGAGGCCACACAGGCCCUUCUGCGUCAGCUGGAGGCCACCAAGAGAGACCUGGAGGGAUUCAGUCAACGCAUGAAGCAGCUGCAGCGGUCAGCAGCCCUUCUGGACAGCAGGCAGAACCCAGACAGCCCCAAGGUGCUGGCUCAGCUGCAAGCUGUGAGCAAGGCCCACGUGCAGCUGCUCCGGAGGUUGGAGGGCAGGGGGCAGGGCCUGCAGGAGCAGCUACAGCUCCACCAACUGGAGCAAGAGACCCUGCUCCUCGAUGCCUGGCUGACCACAAGGGUGGCCAUCGCUGAGUCCCAGGACUAUGGGCAGGACCUGGAGAGUGUCAAGGUGCUGGAAGAGAAGUUUGAUGCUUUCAGGAGGGAAAUCCAGAGCCUGGGGCAGGUCAAAGUGCAGGCCCUGAAGGAUCUGGCAAGGCCCCUGGAGAAAGGAGCACCUAGGUACUAUCCCCAGAUUCAAGCCCAGAAGAGCCGCAUUGAGGCCACUUGGGAGAGGCUGGACAGGACAAUCAAAGUGCGUACAGAGAACUUGGUUGCAGCCAGAGAGGUCCGUGGCUUAGAGAAGGCAGUUACAGAGCUUCAGGGCUGGAUGCAGGAGAAAACUGCCCUGAUUGAGGGAAAGAUCCAUAGCCACUGCCUGUCAUCUGUGCAGUCCUUGCAGCCCCAGCACAGGGGCCUGCAGAGAGAACUGGCGGCUAUCAAAAAGGAGUUGGCACGGGUACAGAUGGAAACCUGCAGACUGGGCCAGUGGCACCCUGAGGCUCAAGAGGGCCUGGCCACGCAGCUGGCCAAGGUGCAGAAGGCCUGGGCCACCCUGGAGGCGAAGGCGCAGGAGUGGGACCAGCAGCUGGCACAGGCUGCCCAAGGCCAUGCCUUCCUUGGGCACUGCCGGGAAUUACUAGCAUGGGCUCAGGAGAGGAAGGUGCUGGUGUCUUCCCAGGAGCUGGCUGGGGACAUGGUGGGGACUGAGCAGCUUCUUGGGCAGCAUGAGGAGCUGCAGCAAGAAAUCCAGGAGCAUUGCCUUCAAGCCCGGGACAUACAAAAGGAAGGACAGAAAAUGGUGGAAAAUGGCCACUUUAUGUCCCUGGAGGUGGCAGAGUAUCUGCAGGACCUGCAUUGGCAGCUGCAGGAGCUCCAGGAAGAGUGGACCGUGUGCCAGCAACGCCUCAAACAGACCUGGGAUCUGCAGAAGCUGAGGCAGGGUGUGGAGCAGGCAGAUGCCUGGCUGGCUUCCAGGGAGGGCCUCUUGCUGGAGCCCAGUUUUGGGCACUCAGUGUCAGAUGUAGAGCUGCUGCUCCACAGACACAAGGAUUUAGAAAAGCUGCUGGCAGUUCAGAAGGAGAAGUUUGCCCAGCUGCAGAAGAUGACAGAGGAGACAAAGAGUACCCCUGCCAUGAAGGGGUCUCUCGAGCUUAAGCAGCAGCUCCUGCCUGGGGGGAAGGUGCAUGAUGCCAGCUCCUGGGACAGUUGCUAUGGGGCCUUGGAAGGCAGCUCUCUAAGGUUAUUCUUGGAUGAGAGGAUGGCAGUGGAGAAAGUGGCUUCCACUGUCCCUCUGGACCUUGAGGGAGCCCAGUGUGAGAAGAUGAAGGACCACCAGGGCAGGAAGCACGUGUUCUCCUUAAGGCUGAGCAACGGGGAAGAGAUCCUGUUUGCAGCACCAUCUGAAGAGCAGGCUGAGUGCUGGCGGCAAGCCCUGGGCAGUGCAGCAGCCCAGAAUCUAAGCCUGGAACCCAAGGCCAGACUCCUGGCAGAGAAUACAGCUGCUUUGCUCAGGCCUGGGCCUUGAAGUGAACCCCAGGGCAAUACCAAACCUCCAGGUGCCACGUGAAGACUCUAUCUGGGGAACCAGUGACAACUAUCAGCACAAGGACAUCCCUACCCUGGCUGCUUCUGGGAUAGACAGUUCCUGUUAGAUGUAUC